GUCAGUCAGUAAAACUCUACUCGUUGGAGCUCGCAUUUCGCCAAGGUUUUAGGGUUUAAGCGAUAGAUCGAUGCCCGGGAAGGAAUGAGAAUGGCAUUCCUUUGCCGGCAACUCUAUCCCUCCGUGGCUGCGCUUAGAUCGCCUCUCGCGCGCAAGCCGCCGCUGUGCCGGAGGCUGAGCGUCGCGAGCGGGCCUCUCCGGGCGGCGCAGAGGGGCGGGAGUUCGUCGGCAGCGCUAGCGGAUGAGGAUAAUCUCCUCGACAGGCUUCGAUCGAGGCGGUCCAAGGAGGGAUGGAGCGGCAUUGCCCGGGAAGAAGAGGAAGGUAGGAGAUGGAGGAGGGGCAAAGGCGAGAGGCUGGAUUACGAGGAUUCUCUGGCGGAGGUUUCUACGCAGUCGUUCGACGAGCUCGGGCUGGCGGAGGAGCUGCGCGGCGCCAUCGAGGAGCUGGAUUUGAAGGAGCCGACCGAGGUCCAGAGAAUGGCGAUUCCAGCGAUUCUAGACGGUGAGAAUGUGGUGGUGGCGUCUCACACUGGCUCCGGAAAAACGCUCGCUUACAUGCUACCGCUUGUCCAGAGCUUACGAAAGGAUGAAAUCGAGAGUGGAAGAACCGUGCGAGCUAGAAAGCCCCGAGCUCUCGUUCUUUGUCCGACCAGAGAGUUGACAGAACAGGUUUUACAAGUCGCCAAGUCGUUAAGUCACCAUGCUCGCUUUCGUUCUGCGAUGAUCAGUGGGGGAUUUCGUCCCAGGCCCCAGGCUGACGCGCUCAAUGGAGCUCUCGACAUGGUAGUCGGGACUCCGGGGAGGCUGCUGAUGCAUGUCGAAGAAGGGAACCUGGCGUUUGGAGAUAUCAAGUAUGUGGUAAUCGACGAGGCCGACACCAUGUUUGAUCGUGGAUUUGGGCCUGAGCUGAAGAAGAUAAUCGAUCCUCUUCGCAACCGUGCCUUGCGAAAUGGCUCGGAUUUUCAGACCAUUCUUGUGACCGCGACGAUUACAAAGUCCGUGCAAAAGCUCCUUGAUACUGAGUUCCCAGGCAUUCGGCACAUUUUCACGUCCACCCUACACAAAAAGGUCGAUACGUCCCGGCAUUUCUUCCAAAAAGUUCCUGGCAACAUUAACAAGCUCGAGGCUUUGGUUCAAGUUCUUGAGCCCGCGCUUGCCAAAGGAAGUCGUUGUAUGGUCUUUUGCAGAUCAGUUGAUUCCUGCCGGGCUGUUGAUCACUACCUGAAUGAAAUGGAUGUCCAUUGUGUAAAUUAUCAUGGCGAGGUCCCUGCAGAAGAUCGGAUAAAGAACCUUGCAAAGUUUAAGAUUGAAGAUGGAGAGGGUCCAGUUCCUGCGCUAAUCUGUACUGAUUUGGCUGCUCGGGGCCUUGAUCUUCAAGUCGACCAUGUUAUCAACUUUGAUUUCCCUUCGACUUCGAUUGAUUACUUGCAUCGGAGUGGACGGACUGCUCGCAUGGGCUUAAAAGGACGAGUGACCAGCCUUGUUACCAAGCGCGAGCUGGCUCUAGCAAAUCGGCUCGAGGACGCAAUGCGGCGAAACGAGACCUUAGAAGGCGUGUCUCUCGAAAGAGAACGAGUGCUGGGGGCCAGGAUGCGAGCGCUAAAGUCCCGUUACAAAGAAGCUUUCGAUCGAGCCGCGGCCAAGGGAGUGAACUUGGAGAAGGUUGGCACGCGAGCUCUGGCCAUGGCCAAGGCCAAGGCGAGAAGGAUCUGGGAGAAGGAAUGCCGCAAGAAGUUUGCGUCCAAGGUGACCAAAACUGGGCUCUCCAAGACGAGAGGAAGAACCAAAGCUUUGAUAAGAGCCCAGAGGAGGAGAAAAUUCAUGGCCAAAGAAGCGUCCUCUCAGGUUUAAUCGAUGAUAGAUAUGUACCUUUAAAGAGCUUCCAUGGUUUGAAAGCUAUAGUAUAGAACUUGGAAAUUUUGUAGGGUU